AUGGCUCAGAACCCCUUUGCAGGUCCCCCGCCCAGCUACGAAGCUGCGGUUGAUGCCAGCAGAGCCAACGGCAGCAACACCGCUCAAGGCGACCCUCCGCCAUAUCACAACUGGCAGGAAGCCGUCCCAGACACCUCAGUCUUCCCCCCGCCGCCUGUCCAGGGAUACUACAGCUCAGGCACAGGAAAUGCCUCUGCGGACGAUGCGGACCGCGCGCAUGAGUUCUGCGAUAGUACCCCGCUCUGGAUCCCGACGAUGCCUUCCUCCGCCGUCUGGAGGGAUGUCCAUGAACAUCGAAAUCUGCGUCCUGUCCAGCCCGUCGAGUUCCAGGGGACGUUGAAGAGCUCUUCGCAGGGGCGCUGGUCGGGCGCCACGCGGGAUCGGAAUGGGGAUUGUCUUGUUGUCUCCCAUCUACCGCUGUACUUUGCUGCGAUGGAUUCGCCGCUGUUGAGGAAUGAUGGUCACGACACGGUGAUCUACUUUGAGGUCAAGUUAAAGGGACUCCGGGCUGGUCCGGGGUCGGGAGAGGGAGAGUCGGGCUUUUCUAUUGGGUUUGUUGCGCAACCGUAUCCUUCAUGGAGAUCGCCUGGUUGGGAACGCGGGAGCUUGGGUGUCUGCUCUGAUGAUGGGUGUCGCUUUGUGAAUGACUCCUGGGGUGGCCGGGAUUUUACGACGCCCUUUCAGGUGGGCGAGACGGUUGGACUGGGCAUGGUGUUCUCUGCCCCGAAAGGUAUUCGCCGUAGCAGCUCCGACAAGAAGGAAAUGUCGAGGAUGUGCGAUGUGGAGAUCUUCUUUACGCGGAAUGGGCGACGGGCAGGCGGAUGGAACUUGCACGAAGAGAUGGAUGCCGAUUCCGGUGGGAUCGAGGGUCUGGAGGGCGACUUUGAUUUGUAUGGGGCGAUUGGGCUUUUUGGUGGCAUUGACUUUGAGUCCUGCUUUAACCCUGCAGGGUGGCUCUGGAAGCCCUAG